GAGCCAAUCGGACUGUGAAAACGAUGAUCGCCCAGUUCGUCGACGACCACCAGAACACAUGGGACGAGCUCCUACCCGAGAUGACAUUGGCGAUCAACUCCAGCGUCUCCGAGACGACCGGAUUCAGCCCUGCCUUCCUCCUGCAAGGAAGAGAGGCCCGACUCCCCGGCGCCCUCUACGACGAAGUCACACCCGGGACAGGGAGUACGCCAGAGACGGCCACCAGCAAAGCGACGAGGCUGAAAGAAGUAUUCGCCAUCGUCCGGAACAACAUCCAGAGAGCCAGUCAAGAACAAGGGAGACAUUACAACCUCCGCCGGCGACUAUGGCGCCCCGCCAUCGGAUCACUGGUACUACUACGCCAACACCACCUCUCAAACGCCGUCGAGGGCUUUGCGGCAAAGCUAGCCCCGAAGUUCGACGGCCCCUACCGGGUCAAGAGUUUUCCAUCACCAAACAUCGCCAAAUUACAACACCGCGAAAGCCGGAAACACAAAACCGCAAAUAUCAACGACCUGAGGGAGUUCCACGAUCACGAGUCCGAAGAACCCACCGACCUACUCGAGAAUGCUGACAUCGACGAAGAAAGCAACGAGACCUCAACCCGACGCCCCAACCACGGCACCGCUGAGUCAGCAAAACCCGGGACACCCGACAAAAGACAGCACCGGCAAAAACGAGCCCGAUGGCGUAAUACCGCCGAGAAUGCAAGCGCAGCGAACCGCGCGACCACCAAUUAAUCGAACAGCGCUGACGCCAGCGAGAGAAGUAACGUAAAGCUCACGACCGCGCGCCCCACAAAUCCGCUGACGAAGCGAAGAGAACGAGGAAACCCCAAUGCAGACCACAGAAGAAACCACAAGAGCCCGACCCGCGAGUCCUCGUAACUCUCGCCGGGGAAGAAAGGGGAGGGUGUAACGAACCUAAAAGGUUUCGAUACAAUCCGUCCACCGACCUAUAAUGAGCGCAUCGCACCGCACCCCACAACCAGCGCCCCCUCCGCAAGCAACCAACGAUUGACACGCGCCGUGUUCAUAACGCUGACCAAACACACCAGGUCACGCGGACUUCCCCCACUCCAGACCAAGCAACCGGCCAGGCGCAGUCUUCCGGGUUCAUCGACUACAAAACGAUGACACCGCGGAAGCCCACGACAAGCACCCAACG